UUAGUCCUUCAACCAACACCAACACUCAACACUCAACAGUUCAACAAGUCUUAUUCUGCUUCCAACCGUGACAAGGUCUAGAAAUCUAGAUUCUAGAUCAAAAUUCUAGAGUCAGAGGCUGCCACAAGAAAAAGGGCCACUUCCUGUGCUACCACUUGAAAUAUGUCUUCUUUCCGACCUACUUUAUUUCAGACAGCGGUUAAGGAUUUAAAAAGGCUUAAAUAUUUAAGUCCUUCAAGAUGGGCUUCCAGUGCAGUGGCCUACAAACCAAUCGACAAAGUGCUCAUUGCCAACCGUGGCGAGAUAGCAUGUCGUGUCAUGCGUACAGCACAGAGGCUGGGCAUACAGAGUGUGGCAGUGUACAGUGACGCCGACCGACAUUCCAUGCAUGUGGCGAUGGCUGAUGAGGCAUACAACAUUGGUCCCCCAGCUGCCUCAGAGAGUUAUCUGAGACAAGACAAAAUCUUGGAAGUUGCAAGACGUUCUGGAGCUCAGGCCAUUCAUCCUGGCUAUGGCUUCCUGUCAGAAAAUGUGGAAUUUGCUGAGAGGUGUGAGCAGGAAGGAAUUGUGUUUGUUGGACCCCCUGCUUCAGCCAUCAGAGACAUGGGCAUUAAAAGCACAUCGAAGCACAUCAUGUCAGCCGCAGGAGUCCCCAUCAUCCAGGGAUAUCACGGAGAAGAGCAAUCAGUGGAAAAGUUGCGAGAGGAAGCUGCUCGCAUUGGCUACCCUAUUAUGAUCAAGGCUGUUAGAGGCGGGGGUGGAAAGGGAAUGAGAAUCGCUAUGACCGAGGCUGAUUUUGAGGAGCAACUUCAGUCUGCCAAGACAGAGGCCAUGAAAGCUUUCGGUGACGAAGUAAUGCUGCUGGAGAAGUUUGUGGAGAAUCCCAGGCAUGUUGAAGUGCAAGUGUUUGGGGAUCGCCAUGGCAACCAUGUGUAUUUGUUUGAGAGAGACUGCAGUGUGCAAAGAAGACACCAAAAAGUCAUUGAGGAAGCCCCUGCUCCUGGAUUAACAGAAGAAGUGCGUCGCAGCAUCGGAGAAGCUGCUGUGAGAGCUGCUAAGGCUGUGGACUAUGUCGGUGCCGGCACAGUGGAGUUCAUCAUGGACAAGAACCUGGAUUUCUAUUUCAUGGAGAUGAACACUCGGCUUCAGGUGGAGCACCCAGUCACUGAGAUGAUCACAGGCACCGAUCUUGUCGAGUGGCAGCUCAAGGUGGCAGCUGGAGAGAAGAUCCCACUGCAGCAGGAAGAGAUCACUGUACAGGGUCACGCAUUUGAGGCCAGGAUUUACGCAGAGGAUCCGGACAAUGGCUUCAUGCCCGGGGCAGGGCCACUGCUGCAUCUGAGCACUCCGGCUCCUGAUGCUGACCUACGAAUUGAGACUGGAGUCCGGCAGGGUGACGAGGUGUCAGUCCACUAUGACCCGAUGAUUGCCAAACUGGUCGUGUGGUCUGACGACAGACAGUCAGCACUCAAGAGGACUUUAGCUGCUUUGAAGGACUACCAUGUCGUGGGUCUCAGCACCAACAUCCAGUUCCUCAUGGCCCUGUCCUCUCACCCGGCGUUCCAGGCGGGCGAUGUGGACACAGAAUUCAUCCCUCGAUAUCAAGAAGAGUUGUUCCCCCCUCGCAGCCUGUCGGCAUCGGCCCUGUCACAUGCGGCUAUUGCCAUGACUGUCGCGCACCGUGCCAGAACCAGUGAUGACAUGCUGUUAAGCAAAGAUUGCUACUCUCCUUUUGGACUGAACUUCGGAGUUCGUGUCAACGCAGCACCAUCUUUUGUUCUCCGACUGAAAGAUGGUGACACUGAACAUAAACUUAGCCUGACAGAGGGUUCUGCUGGAACUUGGCAGAUCGGCAUCAACGACGAAUCCCCUCUGAUGGUCAGUGACAUCAGCGUGUCAGAGGUUGCUGAUGGCAAACUGACAGUCAAGUGUUGUGUGGAUGGAGUUGUCUCCUCCUCCACUAUCCUGCUCAUGGGGGACUCAAUACAUCUGUUCACUGUGGAUGGCAAGCACAGCCUGGAGAUUCCCAUCCCAGAGUACCAAAAGGCGGCGACGGGCACUGGCAGCAUUGAUGACCCCGUGGCUCCGAUGCCUGGCGUAGUGGAGAAAGUGGUGGCCGAACCCGGGGCUGCUGUACAGAAGGGAGAUCCUCUGGUGGUCAUGAUUGCCAUGAAAAUGGAGUAUGUAAUUAGAGCUUCCCGCGACGGAAUUGUGGAGAAAGUGUACUACAAACCAGGAGACACAGUGUCCAAAGGCACCGUCCUGGUUCAUUUGCAAGAAGAGUAGUGACGAGGAGAUGGAGCAGACUUGGACAUUGCUAGCUGGACAGUCUGAACUUUUUUGACAAACGGCAGUCUUAAGUCACAUGGUUUUGUCUCCAUACAUUAUUUUUGUAAAUGAAAUGUGUGGGGUUUGACAAUUUGAAAUGUCUGGCUGCAUAAGGUUUCUGUAGAAAUUUUGACUUGUUUCAUUCAAGAAUUGGCAGCUUGGGGCUAUUGAUCCUGUUCUAUUGGUAGAUCGACCUGCAUAGGAUGAAAACUGCACAGAAGGAAGCCCUGCCAGUUGUGUAUGCUGUUGAAUUUACUGAUAAAUUGAAUAGGAGUCAAAUCUGUUCAGCUGAGCUACGUUUUUUUAAAAAAUAGAGCUUAAGUUGCCUUGCCUCUACAUUAACAUGUGUAUGGCCAUUAGCUAAAACCUGGGGGAUUUUGUCAUUCUUCUAAAAAGCCUAACACAGCUUCAAACAAAGCAGUAGAUAUUUAAACCCUAUGACUUAAGUCUGUUUUUUAAAAAGUGGUCUGAGUGUCCGUUUUUGAAUUGUCCUCUCGGGUAUUUGACCUAUUCUUUUCCAACAGAUUUUAUUCUAAAUGCAGCUCUUUUUAAUGUGAUAUUGAGGAGACAAGCUGGAUAUUGAAUGCUUGGAAGCACAUUUGCUGAGAGUCUUUUUGUUAUUGUUUAUUGAUAAAUCAUAGACUAAGAUGGGUAAAUUAACAACCUACCAGAUGGGGUUUGGGUCAUUUUGAAGGUGAAACAAAAGGAGUGUUAUGAGUGUGAGUGUCACUGGUGAUAGAUAUUUUACCCUCGAGGCAUUGGUUAUAUAUUUAAGUAACAGCAUGAUAAGGCUUUAUGAAUUUAUAAGCAGGGAUGCCAAAUCUCCGGGGGGGGGGGGGUUCCGUUUUUUUCAUACACUUGCAAAGGAAAGGUGAAUGGU